AUGGCGGCUCAAGGUGCAAUGGUGCUCAAAGGUAUGGCUCUGGAGAGUUCCUAAUUUCCGACGGGCGGCUAACUUGCUAGGCCUCCUCACUGGAGGAGCUGGCAAAGACGCUUCCGCCGGUGAUGCCAUGAAUCAAGUCGUGGAAAUUACUGAAGGUGCCAGUAAAAUAAUGGACUUGGUCCGUGAACAAGCAAACAAAACAAAAGAACAAGCCAGACAAGACGACAACGAUUUCGUUACUAGAAAACAAUUCCUCGAUAACUCUGUUGCAAUUCUCAAAGAUGCUACUUUGGGACAGUACAACAUCGUUAUCGCAACGGAUAUCCAAGGGGAUGAAUUCAAGGAUUUACAAGGACGGGUUCUACCAAUGGAUACACUUGAUCUUGAAUUUGCACCGGGAAAGUUUGCCAAAUUUAUUGUGUAUCUUUUUGACACUGGAAAGUAUCUCCGUAGAGGAAAGUGGGAGGGUGAUUAUUGGGCUUGGACUGGUGACAGCAAGAAGUUUUCUCAAUUUGGCGAUCCAGCCAUGCAUGUUCAUUUCGACAACGCGCAGCCUAAACUCAAUCCGGAUGAGAUCCGAAAGAAGAAUGAAGAUGCAGAAGCCAUGAAGAAAGCCGCUGAUGCAGCAGCCGCCGCCGCAGAGGUAUCUGAAGAGAUUUCGAAAGCCGACAAUGAAGAAACGCUGGCAGCGGAAGCUGCAACAAAACUUGAUGAGUGAGUAGCCUGAUUUACAGUAUCUUAAAGACUGCAUGCUCAUAUCAUUUCAGAGAAGGUAAUAUUGCGGAAGGAGAGGAGCGCCCAGAUCGUGAAAUCAAGACGCAGGAGGAGAUAGAUCACAUGAAAGAGAAGGUCAAGAAAGAUAGAGGUAGAAACUCUAAGCAAUCCACGCCAGACGAGGACGAAGAACAAAACGAGGAAUCAAACGGAGAACCAAACGAACAUCAAAACGAAGAUCAGGAAGAUUAUGAGGACGAGGACGAAACAGGAGGUGGAGUUGCGAGUGACAAGGAGGUUAGUCGCCCCAAGAAAUUAAGUCUUAUAUGUUGACACCAUGUAGAAAAAUGAAAAAGAAAUAGACCCUGAGGAUAACGAGGACAACGAGGUAUUAAUGGAUUUUUUACCUAUUGUUUGAGGCUUCUCUGACAGAAUCAACUAACAGGAGGCUACAAAAUCAAACGAUGAAGAACCAGAUGAAGAAGAGGUAAGGUGGAUAUCAAUGCAGCAUUAUUACAUUAUAUUAACUCUUAAUCUCUUAGGAGGAAGCAGAUGCCGAUUAUGAAGAAAAAAGUGAGGUAGAGGUAUGCUAUCCAAAAUUCCUAUGGCAUGACGUUUUAAAAUAAACUGGUGCUGAUCGUUUUUUCAGGAGAUUGAAGAAGAGGUAGGUUAAACUAGGUUUCCAAGCCUUAAGAAAUCCCAUUCUUUAACCAAUGAGACAGGAAAUUGACGAAGAGAAUGAAAACGGAGACGAUGAACAAACUGAAGCAGAUGGCGAUGGAGAAGAAGACGAUGAAGAGAUAGCCGAGGAUGAAGAAGAGGUAUUUCUCCUUUUCCUUAAACUCUGGAAGUGAAGGCUGGUUAACGAUCUACUUUACAGGAAAAUUUGGAAGAAGAUGCUAAAGAGGAAUCGGAAGUCGAAGUGGUAAGCCACAUUCUGUAAACGAGGACAAGGAUAUCUACUAAACUUUUUCAAUUUUAGGAAGACGAAGAGGAGGCGGAUGGAGAUCAAGAAGAGAAGCCAAAACGUAAAAGCAAAGGAGGGUCUCAUAUCAGAGCAAGCCAAGAGGCAGACGAAGAAGCAGGGGAAGAGGCAGAUGAAGAAUAA